CCCAAGCAAUGAUUGAUCGUGGGCAUUUCCGAUUUUUUGGAAGGGAGCGAGGCGCAAUUUACAAUUGCAAGAUCUGUAUGACCCGUUGAAAUCUGAUGAAUCCGAAUACCUCGGAGAUUGUCUUGAAAGUCAGUUUCACAACAGUUGGAAAAGGGAAAUUGUACGGAGGAAACAAGUGAGCAAUUAAAAAAAAUAUGAUUAGUUGCGAGGGAGACAAGAAACAACUAUAGACGCAUGAACUGAUAACGCAUGAUUUUUGCUUCGGAAAAACGGGAAAAAUGCCAGAAAAGCAAUUGAAUGAAAGAAUGGCUACGGUAUCAUAUCAGAUAAUACAUUUCUUUUCGUGACAACUCACAAUGAUUUCGAGAUAGCGCGAGAUAGGGAGAGUGGAAAAAGGAGUUGAUGAAAGCAGACCGAGAGUUGCUUCUGAGGAAAGAUGGAGUAAAGCAGCCAAGGCGAAGGCCAAGUUUGAUGUGGGCAUUGGUUCGGAUUCUUUGGGUACCAUACGUGAUGCAAGGGCUGCUCCUUUUUGGGGAGUUGAUGAUACUGCGUAUUCUGCAACCAAUACUCCAGGGGUGGAUAAUCAACUACUUCAAUCAGGUCGAACGUCAAACGACGCGAAACGAAGUUCUCCUCUAUGCUUUGUACCUCGUUAUUGUCACUUUGGGGAUCAUCUUCGUCAUUCAUCAUACAAAUCUCCGCACUCAGCAGACCGGAAUGUGCGCAAGGGUCGCAUGCUGCUCGUUAAUAUACAGAAAGGUUUUACGUCUGGACCAGGCUGCGAUGAAUAACGCGGCUGCAGGACAAGUGGCUAAUUUGAUCAGUAACGACGUUGCCCGAUUCGAUUUACUUCCGAUCUUCUCACACUUCGUUUGGAUUAUGCCAUUUCAGGUGGUUUUGAUUGGUUACGUCAUGUGGAGAUCGGUUGGUGUAGCUGCGUUGGCAGGUAUCGUCACCAUGAUAAUACAGGCUAUACCUAUUCAGGGGUCGUUGAGCAAUAUCAGCGCGAAAUUGAGGUCGAAGAUUGCAGAAAAAACGGAUGAGCGAGUCCAACUGAUGAGUGAGCUGAUUUCCGGAAUACAGGUGAUCAAGAUGUAUUCGUGGGAAAAGCCGUUUGAUUUGAUAGUGUCAAAAGUUCGAGGGGCGGAGAUGAAACUAAUCAGUUAUACGUCGUACCUCAGAGGAAUAUAUCUGAGUAUUAUGUUAUUCUCAGAAAGAAUCACUCUUUUCUUGACACUGAUUGCGUUUGUACUUUCCGGAAACUCUCUUACUGCAAAUAUCACAUUCACAUUGGCUACGCUAUUUAGUGUACUACAAGUAACAUGCGCUGUUUGCUUUCCACAAGCUGUCGUCUUGGCUGGCGAGACUGCUGUGUCUCUGGAGAGACUAACGGACUUUUUACUUCUGGAGGAGGUAAAAUCUUCGGAAAAUGUUGAUUCACCGACGAACAAUGGAAUACAGUGUGUGGAGAAGAUGACCCCAAGCCAUCGGGCCGAAAAUAGCGUCGGAAUCAAAAUAUCGAACGUUGCAGCGAACUGGGUUCAUGGCCAGCUGCCACCGACCUUAUGCCAAAUAUCAAUCGAUUUGAAAGAUCAAUCACUCUCUGUUCUUGUAGGGCCUGUCGGCUCCGGAAAAUCAUCUCUACUUCACCUGAUAUUAGGGGAGUUGAAAGUGGGAGCUGGAAGCUUGUCGUUUUACACUAGUGAAAACGGUAUCAAGACUAACAAAAAUAGUCGCGAUAUUCGUAUUUCAUAUGCCAGUCAGGAGCCUUGGCUCUUCUCUGCCUCCAUUCGUGAGAAUAUUCUUUUUGGACAACCAUAUGACGAAACUCGAUACGAAGAAGUGACACAAGUCUGUGCACUUGUCAAAGACUUCGAACUAUUGCCCCAGGGCGAUAUGAGCUUUGUCGGUGAGAGAGGAGCGUCUUUGUCCGGGGGCCAGAGAGCACGCAUCAAUUUAGCCAGAGCCGUUUACAGAGACGCAGACAUAUUCUUGCUUGACGAUCCUCUCAGUGCUGUGGAUGCUCGAGUAGGUCGUCAAUUAUUCGAAGAAUGCAUAAACGGCUUCCUGAAGGGGAAAACUCGAAUACUCGUUACUCAUCAACUACAAUAUCUUCAGCAAGCCGAAACUAUCAUAGUUCUCAAUAACGGUUCCGUCAAGUGCCAUGGGACGUAUGAAGACCUGAUUCAGUCUAAUCCCCACGUAUUAGCUUCCGAGAAGUCAGAGGAAUCCAACGAUGACAUUUCGCUUGAAAACAAUUGCGAGGAAUACGCAGAAAACAAGAAGACAAUACCAGUCGCAAUUGUAAAUGGCGAUGGUGAGCCGAAGGCAGCUGCCAAAAGCAUCGAAGACCCCGGAGAUGUAGCAGACGAAGAGAUGGAGACUGGGCAAUUGUCAAACCAAGUAUAUUGGAGCUAUUUUUUGGCAGGCGGUAAUAUUUGCUCGUUGAUUCUCAUUGCGGUAGGUUUUGUAAUAGCGCAAGUAGCGGCGAGCGGGACCGAUUACUGGGUAACUUACUGGACCAAUCAAGAAGCCCGCAGAAUCACAUUGAAAUCAGCAAAAUACAAUACCAGUAAUACGAGCCAUUAUAAUGACACUGGAAACAUUCAGCGAGAUUCUUCAUACCAAUCGGAGUGGUUUGAUGAGUUCGGUCUACUUAAACAAGAAGUGACAAUUUACAUUUAUGCUGGAUGUGUAAUCGGCUGCAUCAUUCUCGUUACACUGCGCAGCAUGCUCUUCGUCAAGAUGUGUGUUAGUGCCAGUCACAAUAUACAUAAUUCUAUGUUCUCCAAUCUUUUACUAGCCACCAUGAGAUUCUUCAACAACAAUCCGUCCGGAAGAAUUCUCAACAGAUUCUCAAAGGACAUCGGAACAAUGGAUGAGCUGCUGCCAAAAACGAUGCUGGAAGCAAUUCAAAUCUUGGCUAUGAUGGUAGGAAUGUUGAUCAUGGUGGCAGUGGUCAAUCCAUGGAUGAUUAUCCCCAUAAUUAUCAUAGGUGGAGUCUUCUACACAGUUCGAUUCUACUACCUCAAAACGGCGCAAGACAUCAAACGGCUCGAAGGCAUUGCAAAAAGUCCCAUGUUCUCACAUGUAAGUUCCACUCUGGAUGGAUUAACAACGAUACGAAGUAGAGGUGCACCAGCGGAAUUGAUGCUGAAAAAGGAAUUCGACCGUCUUCAAGACGUGCAUACCAGUGCUUGGUAUCUCGCAAUUGCGGGAACAUCCGUCUUGGGACUCGUCCUCGACCUUUUCUCAGGAGUUUUGGUUGCUUGCGUUUGCUUUUCGUUCAUCGUUAUGGACGAUGGAAACUUUCUCGGAGGAUCUGUCGGUCUUGCCAUUUCUCAAUCUCUGGCCAUGACGGGAUGGUUUCAAUACGGAGUGAGGCAGGCUGCUGAGGUGGUCUCACAGAUGACCUCGGUAGAAAGAGUCUUACAGUAUACGAACUUACCCAAGGAGGGACCGUUUACUACUGAGAAGCCGCCUCCUGUAACUUGGCCUUCCAAUGGUGGCUUAACUUUCAAAAACGUAUUCAUGAGAUAUGCCGAUAAUAAACCACCAGUCUUGAAGAAUCUCAACGUGAAGAUAAACCCUGGCUGGAAAGUUGGCAUAGUGGGAAGAACAGGUGCUGGUAAAUCUUCACUCAUUUCGGCACUAUUUCGACUGACCGGAGAGGGUCUUGAAGGUGAAAUAAGAUUAGACGGGAUUGACACGAAGUCAGUCGGACUGCUCGAGCUGCGUCCGCGAAUCUCGAUCAUUCCUCAGGAGCCGAUCUUGUUCUCAGCGAGUCUACGCUACAAUUUGGACCCCUUUGAACAGUACUCGGACGCCGCUCUAUGGGACAGUCUGAGGGAAGUUGAACUCGGUAAUGCGGUACAAUCCCUUGGCUUCCGAGUCGCUGGAGGUGGCGCUAAUUUCAGCGUUGGGCAGCGCCAGUUAAUCUGCUUGGCCAGAGCUAUUCUCAGGAACAAUCGACUGCUUGUUCUUGACGAGGCUACCGCGAACAUUGACCGUAGCACCGAUGCCCUUAUCCAAGACACCAUCAGACGGAGAUUUUCUGAUUGUACUGUCUUGACGAUAGCUCACCGGUUAAACACAAUAAUGGAUAAUGAUCGAGUCUUGGUCAUGGCGGAAGGUCGCAUCGUGGAGUUUGAUCAUCCUUAUUUGCUGUUGAAAAAUCGUAACGGUCACUUUUUUCAAAUGCUUGAACAAACUGGCAAGACAAUGGCAGAAAAACUUUCCGAAAUUGCUGAAACAUCGUAUCUACGGAGUUCAGAAUUUCACAAAAAGGCAUCAACUACUUCGAACGAUACCGUUAACGAAGAUGAAACUACCACCCAGUCAUUACCAUUGACGGAAGAUUGUAAAGAUCGGUAAAAACAGUCACCUCGUGUGUUUUAUGGGAUCCAGUGUUAAACUGUACCGACGAAGUAUUAGUUGAAUUUUUAUUUUUUUCCGGUGAAUCAAUCAGCUGGUUCAACCAAAAAAACCUCAACCUGCAAGGUGAGCUGUAAAAAUUUUCAAUCGUAAUGAGGUCAAAGUCUUAUUUGUAACUUAUCGAAGUUAGAAAUGACCAAGGUUGAUUAAUUACCGGUUGGAAAACAGCGAACGAAUGAAAAGUAGGACAACGGAUAUUGGUAUUGAAUUUUUUUUUUUGUUUUAAACUAACUUGAGUUACAACUAGACAAAACGUUGUGCUUUGUUCGUUACAAUUAGGUAUUAGAAAAAAUAUUGACAUAUACGUAUAAAUUUUAUUAAUAAAUAUAUUAUUUAAUCUAUUGAAAAGCGUGCUCGUCGGUGGGGCUCAGAGAUCUUUCGAUGCUUUGUUGAGUAACAAAGACUGUCUGUGGUUUAGAAGUAAGACUGGCCUGUAAAAAACAAGAAUAAAAAAAUAUGGUGAAUAAAUUUUUUCUAAUUUAGUUGCGU